AUGGUUAUGGCUCUUCAAGCCAAAAAUAAAUAUCAGUUUGUCGAUGGGUCUCUACCCUCCCCAUCCCCUGAUGACCUGCUUUAUCCUUCCUGGGUUAGGUGCAACAGUAUGGUUUCUUCUUGCUUGUUUCAUGCCGUGACUCGCGAAAUUGCAUAUAGUGUCCUUUAUAUUCCGACGGCACAUGGCAUCUGGGUUGACCUUUCUGCUCGUUUUGAGCAGAGCAAUGCUCCACGCAUUUUUCAGUUGAAGUCCCAACUUGCUUCCCUCCAACAAGGUUCAGUUACUGUCAGUGCUUACUACACUCGAUUGAAGACUCUAUGGGACGAGCUUCAUGCUUAUCAACCAGUUCCGGUCUGCAAUUGCGGUGGUCUUCGUACUUGGACCCAGUUUCAAGAACAAAAUUCGUCUCUGCAAUUCCUCAUGGGUCUCAAUGAGUCUUACUCUGCUACUCGCGCUCAAAUCCUCUUGAUGGAACCUCUCCCCUCCCUGAAUCGCAUCUUUUCCUUGGUGGUUCAGGAAGAACGACAACGAUCCAUCCUACCUGGAAUGGUUCCUGCUUCUGACCUUCAGUUGCUUCCUGCCGUGAACGUCGCUGCCGUUCCCGCCGUCAACGUCGCUGCCGGACCGCCACGACCCCGCUGUGAUCGUCCAUUCUGCACCCAUUGCUCCCAGCAGGUCCACACCAUUGAUAAAUGCUUCAAGUUGCAUGGGUUUCCCCCAGGUUACAGGAACCGGACCAAGCCCACUGAUAAUCAGGCCCACUCAGCUGUUGUUUCCCUUCAACACAAUGGGCCACCCUCUCCACAACUGCACCCCCAGCCCACUUCCAUUCUGAUAGGCCCCUAA